UAGCUCACUAGUUCGGUCUUUUCAUUGAACUACAUUUUUCACUACUAGUUCUGAUUUUGGAUCACGAUCCAAAUACUGACAAUAAAUAUUGAACAUGUAGCAGGCGCCUUAUACAAUUUUCCCAAUUGUUCAAAGAUACAAAAAAUCUUGAUAUGGCAAUCCUUUUUUUAUUUGUACGCCAAAAGCAGAUUUCACGGAAAUAUUUUCAUUUGCAUAUUGUGUAUUUGUGUCAAUUGGAGAUAUAGAAAAUGAUUGGAAUGAGAAAGCGGAGUGCAGUAUGGUCCCACUUCAUUGAAGUAAAUGAUAAGAAGGCAAGGUGCCGGUACUGCCAAAUAAAUAUCAGUUUUAAAUGUGGGUCGCAUGGCAAUCUACAGCGGCACAUGAAAGCCAAGCACCCGUUCAUCUCAAUCGAGCACCAACAGUGUGAAGAGAGGCAAUUGGAAAAGGAGUCAGCGCAGGAGCAAGGACAGAAAGCAACACAGGCAAUGCGGGAGUUAUCACAGCCAGAACCAGCACAGAGAACGAGCGAGCAACAUACUGUGGCUGAGCAACCAACAAUUUCACAUUACGUAGAUAAACCAUCAACGGGCAGAAAAGCUAAACAAAUCGACAAGCAGCUCGUCCAGAUGAUCGCAAAAGGGCAUCAUGCACUACGAAUCGUGGAGGAACCAGAAAUGAAGAGGCUGAUUCAAAUGGUGUCACAUUGUCCUAACUACCAACUCCCAUGCAGGAAAACAGUUUCUGAAAAAAUUUUACCACAAAUUUAUGAAGAAUUACUUGCCAAAGCAAAACGUAAGGUUUCCGAAUCAACUGCAGUAUGCCUCACUACAGAUGGGUGGACGUCGCGUAUUAACGAGCAUUUUAUUGCUGUCACUGCACACUUAAUAGACAAAAAUACAAAUCUUUGCUCCAUUUUGAUCUGCUGUAAGCAAUUUAGCGAGAGGCAUACCAGCGAAAAUUUAUGCAACUUUUUAAAAGAAGUUAUGACUGAGUGGCAAAUUUCACACAAAAUUGCAGCUGUAGUAAGUGACAAUGCCCCAAAUAUAAUAAACGCUGUUCGACUAGGAGAGUGGAAGUCAAUAGGUUGCUUUGCUCAUCUUCUCAACCUGAUUGUUCAACAUGGAGUUGCAGAAAUAUCAGAUGUUUUACAUAAAGUAAAAGCAAUUGUGGAGUUUUUCAACCGAAGCCCACGCGGACUUCAAAAACUUAUGGAUGUACAAAGACAACUGAAUUUAUCUCCCCUGAAGCUGAAACAAGAUGUUUCAACCCGUUGGAAUGCGACAUAUGAUAUGCUUGAGCGCAUUUUAAAAUUGAAGGAGGCAGUGGUCACCACUAUAGCACUUCUGCGUUCUGAUCUCAUCAUUGACCAACAGAGUUGGGAAAUCAUAGAGGGGGCUUUGCUUCUUCUUAAGCCUUUUUAUGAGGUUACCAUGGAGAUAAGCUCAGAAAAAAAUGUUACAUUGUCUAAAGUAAUAGUGUUUAACAAACUAAUUCAAAAUUUUCUUUUGAAGUAUUCAUGUCAAAAUGAAAAAGUAGUGGCUUUAAAAGAGUCUUUAAAGAGAGGUAUGCAAGCUCGAUUCAGAAAUUUGGAAAUGAAUUCUUUAUAUGCAGAAUGCACUAUGCUUGACCCUCGAUUUAAGCAAAAAGGUUUCAAAGACGAAAGAGCUUGUUCUGUAACUAUUGACAAUCUAAAACGUAAGAUUGAGAAUAUUGAGACGACUGAGACUGAAGUUGGCAUAUUAGAAGUUCGCGCUACUAGUACUGCGGAUGUAGGAAUAGAAAGUAAUAUCUGGGAUGAAUAUGAUGAAAAUAUUAGAAAUAUUUCUACACCUGAAAAUACAACUGCUGCUGGUUUGCGCGAAUUGGAUAAAUAUCUUAAUGAGGAUAUUUUAAACCGCAAGCAGGAUCCAUUAAAGUGGUGGCACGAACGUAAAGACGUGUAUCCCCAUCUUUACAAAUACGUUUUAAAACGCUUUUGCAUUGUUGCUACUUCAGUUCCAUGCGAACGAGUUUUUUCGGGGGCAGGUCAAAUAUUAAACGAGCGUAGAACUCUUUUAAAAUCCAACAAGCUUUCUAAUUUAAUGUUUUUGCACAGCAAUAUGUAAGUCUUUACGUAUCGUACAUAUGUGCAUGCAUAUGUUUUUAUUCUAUGAAUUUGUUAAAGUUUUUUUUUAUAAAAAUACUCGUUUAUUUGUAUUGUAUUUAUACGAAAACUCUGUAAGUGAUUGAUGUUAAAAUGAAAUAAGCUACGUACACAACAAAAUAUUUUUGUGUAACAACAAUAAUGCUAAGAAGAUGACCAUUAGUACAAAUAUGCCAUCCAAUGAAAAAGGCUGAAUAAUUUUUAUAAGACUUAAGUUCCUAAACAUACGUUUUUUGUGUAUGUAAAAGUAUUCUGUGAAUUCAAAUUACCAAAUGUUUUGGUUUGUAUGUAAAAUAAUAAAAAUAAUUGAACUUUGUUUAAAAUAACGUAAAUGUAUUCGUCAAUUG